AUGGCGUUUUUGGCCACGGUGAUGUCCGCUGAGCCUAUAUCCGAAUGUUACAAAGUUAUUUGUGAAAAUGAAGGUAUUACUAUAAACCCGUUUGUUUUAGAAAACUUAGAGAGAACAACGACGACAAGGAAUUUCACCUUGAAUCUAGCAGGAAACAGGAAGCAGAAAAGCUUCCAGAGACUUAGUGACAAUGACGUCCUCGCUCUGUCAAAAUGUCUCCUGAACUAUCGGACCCUUACAGGUCUGGAUAUGGGGUACAACAACAUCAGUGAUGAAGGAGCAGCUUACCUGGCCAAGCUUCUAGAGGCGCAGGACACGAUGCUGCGCUCUCUGGACCUCACCUUCAACAACAUUCAGACGAAUGGAGCCGAGGUUCUCGCCAGCAGCCUGCAGGGUAACAGCAGCUUGCUCUCUCUCAGGCUGUCGGGGAAUAAGAUCGGUAGAAAAGGAGGCCUGAACUUGGCCUGCAUGCUGCGGGUGAACAUGACGCUGCAGGAGCUGGAGCUGGGAGAGUGCGACCUGGAAAUGCAGAGCAUGAUUGCCCUUAGCACCGCUCUGAAGAACAACACCACCCUCCGGUCUGUGGACGUGAGCCGGGCGCUGCUCUUCAGCCUCCUGGAAGAGUGGGCCGUUCACUUCUCGAAGAUGCUUCCGGUGAACAACAGCCUGGUGGAGCUCCAUCUGGGGAAGAUGGGCCUGACGGACACGGGCAUGGAGAGGCUGUCUGAAGGCCUGAAGCUGAACCACAGACUGCGGUACCUGGAUCUACGCUGCAACCGUGUGAGCCGGGAUGGCGCCCUGCAUCUCUCCAGAGUCUUGAAAGAAAAUUCCCCUCUGGAGGUCAUUGAUCUGUCAUCCAAUCGGAUCGAAGACCCCGGCGCUGAGUACCUGAGCGAAGCCAUCUGCUGCAAGGGCUCCGUCCUCAGAGAGCUUUCUGUCUGCAGAAACAACAUCAGUACCCGCGGCCUGCUGUCCUUGGCCGGGGCUCUGAGUAACAGCCCGACUCUGACCCACAUCUACAUCUGGGGAAACCACCUGGAGGAGCCGGUCUGCCAGGCCUUCCGGGAGCUGCUCAACACCGGCCGUCUGACGCCUGAGCAGACCGACGUCAGGCCCUACGAGGUGGACGGCCAUGUUUUCCUGGCUGAACUCUUCCAUCAUUUGAGGAAACACCAUUUCUUUAUAGACGUUAACGAGCAGAACGCAGGUUCAGACUCCCCACAAAACCAGUGAGGCCAUUCAUGAUCAAACACUCAGUGAAAUAAUUUCAU